UUAUUUUCAUGUUAGGAAAUUUAUUAAUGAUCUCUCUCAGUAUACUGAUAUAGCAAAGUGCUGCAGUUUCACAUAUAAAGUGAAAAUGUUGACAUAUUGUGGAAAUCGAAGUGAUUUAUCAUCAAUAUGGAUAGAAAAUGGAUUUUCUCCAUGUUUUUAUCAAACAGUUUCGGCUUCUCUUAUGGUUUUUAUGGCCAUACUGCCACUAUCAUUUCAAAUACACAAGAUGAGAAGACAAGCUGUUCCAGUUGAAUCAAAGUAUUUAGUCAACUCAUUUUUCUACAUGCUACAAUGGUUUGUUCUCCUUUUAUUACUGGUUGAAACUCCUGUUCGUUUUGCUCUUGAUUGGACGAAAGUCUACAAUGAGGUUGAUGGAGUCUCCAUUUAUUAUUUCUUGGCAAGGCUUGUACUGAUCUUCAUGACAAUCGCAUUAUUUCGUCUUGAACGGACAACAUUGCUAAUGCAUUUGAAGUUAAAAAGACACAGUUUGGCUUUGAUAUUGUCUUGGGCUGUUCUUCUUCUUAUUGAAACUAUUGUGGUUGUCUCUUGGAACAGUCAAUUAUGGUGGUUCAGGAAUGAACACUCCGGAGAUAAGAUAGCAAAUGGAUUAUGGAUUACACGUCUUGUUUGUGUGUCUUUACUUUUCCUCAUAUCACUCUGUGCUCCUGGCGUUCCAACAUUAAAUUCUUGGCUAACUGUCAAUGCUGACACAGAAAGGGAUGUUGAAGAUGGAAUGGAUCAAUUAUUACACCACAGGAACACUGGAGGAAUGACGCAACAAAGUGGAUCGACAUGGAGCGGGAUAAAGCUGAAGGUUAAACUUCUUUGGCCAUACAUGUGGCCAAGUGGAAAUGUAUUGCUUCAAAUAAAUGUGAUGAUAUGCAUUGGAUGUCUGGUAGCUGGAAGAGUAGUGAAUUUAUUUGUUCCUAUUUUCUAUAAAAACAUUGUUAAUGGUUUGACAUAUGGAAAUGAAUGGAGUUAUAUUCUUACACAAAUCGGGCUCUAUGUUACGCUAAAAUUCAUGCAAGGAGGUGGAUUUACAGGAGGUUUUCUGAAUGGAAUUCGUUCAUUUUUAUGGAUCAGAGUACAGCAGUUUACAAACAGAAAAGUGCAGACAAAACUCUUUGCUCAUCUUCAUGCAUUAUCAUUACGAUGGCAUUUAUCUCGAAAAACGGGUGAAGUUUUGCGAUCGAUCGAUCGUGGGACGCAAAGCAUCAACACUCUUCUUUCCUACAUUGUGUUCAGUAUUCUUCCAACCAUUGCUGACAUUCUUGUUGCAAUUGUAUACUUCGUUGCAUAUUUCAACGCUUGGUUUGGAUUGAUCGUGUUUGUCUGUAUCGGAUUAUAUCUUGCUGAUACAAUCCUUGUAACUGAGUGGAGAACGAAGUUUCGACGAGACAUGAAUACAAAAGAUAAUAGGGCAAAACAGAGAGCCAUUGAUUCAUUACUUAACUUUGAAACGGUCAAAUAUUAUAAUGCUGAAAAUUAUGAAGUUGAAAAAUACGAUGACGCCAUUGUUGAUUAUCAGUCUUCAGAAUUUAAAAGUAAUGCAUCACUUGUUUUACUCAAUGCAUCACAAAGUUUAAUCAUCAAUGUCGGUCUUCUUGUUGGGAGCAUUCUUUGUGCAAAAUUUGUUAUCGAUGGAACUUUCCAGGUUGGAGACUUUGUAUUGUUUGGAACAUACAUUGUUCAACUUUAUACUCCAUUGAAUUUCUUCGGAACUUAUUAUAGAAUGAUUCAAGCUAAUUUCAUCGAUAUGGAAAAUAUGUUCGAACUCUUUGACCAGGAAGAAGAAGUUCGUGAUAACGUUGAUGCCAUAACAUUAGAAGUACAAGACAAAUCUGUUGAAUUUGACAAUGUCUGUUUCUCAUAUCAACCAGAAAAGCCAAUCUUAAAGAAUGUUUCAUUCAGAGUAAAUCCAGGAGAAACUAUAGCCUUAGUUGGACCAUCCGGCUCAGGGAAGAGUACUAUUAUCAGAUUACUGUUCAGAUUCUAUGAUAUACAAUCUGGUGUGAUAAGAAUUGAUAACACAGAUAUUUCUACUGUGACACAAUCUUCACUCAGACAAUACAUUGGAGUUGUUCCUCAGGACACUGUGCUUUUUAAUGAUAAUAUUCAAAAUAAUAUUCGCUACGGACGGGUGACAGCAGCCGACAGUGAGGUUGAAGCUGCAGCUCGUGCUGCCGAUAUUCACGAUAAAAUCAACAGCUUUCCAGAUGGUUAUCAAACUAUGGUUGGAGAACGUGGGUUGAAACUAAGCGGUGGAGAAAAACAAAGAGUCGCAAUCGCUAGGACUAUUUUGAAAGCGCCUGAUUUUGUUCUAUUAGAUGAGGCAACAUCAGCGCUCGACACAACAACGGAGCGUCAUAUUCAAGAAUCUUUGGAUAAAAUUAGCACAGGAAAGACAACAAUAGUCGUAGCACAUCGAUUAUCAACUAUUGUAAACGCCAACACUAUAAUUGUACUUCAAGAUGGUGAAAUCGCUGAAAUGGGAAGCCAUGAAGAACUAUUAAAAGCAAAUGGUGUUUACAAUGGAAUGUGGGCACAACAACUAGCUGAUGUCAGUGAAUAUGGAGAAAAUAGUGGGAGCGGGAGUGGGAAUGAGAAAGAUAAAGAAACAAAGAAGAAAUGAGUUUUUGGAUAUUACCUACUUCUCAAUAUUUGUUAUUCAUUAUUUUACCAAAAUUUACAUUUUGAGCAACCAUUGAAAAACUUCAUUGCCUCAAAAACAUGAUUGAAACCGCUACAUUGUGGAAAUUCAAUAUAUUAUACCAGUGAAUGCAGCAGUUUAAUAGUUUAAAUCAGGGGUGUGCAACCUGCGGCCCGCGGGCCAAAUACGGCCCACAAGGAAAAACUGUGCGGCCCACAGAGAAGUGCCAAUUUUGAAUAGUGUGCGGCCCUCGAAACUAGUUUUUGAUUCAGUUUAAUCUGGUACGCGCAAGUAAUUCCAAUCCACUACAAUGCCUUAACAGCUAUCUUGUGGGAGCGAACAACGCAUGUAAGAUAAGAUCGAUUACUUCUGAAUGCAACUACUAGAAAACCUAUGUUAAAUAAAUGUGCGGCCCGCGGUUUCACCUCGUUAUUCGUAUCUUGCCCCUGUAUUAAAGGUUGCACACCCCCGGUUUGAAUCCGUGAAGAAAUAAUGGGAUAGAAAAAUCAACAGUUUUUAUUUUGCUUAAUAUCUUUUUUUUUGUGAACUACCGAAGUGUGUGUGGCUUUUAUUGUUUUUGUGUUUUGGUAGUAAGCUUGAAUUUAUUUAAAUUAGUGAACUAAUAUUUUUUUUCGUAAGCCUUAUGGCACUUAUUUUUGCCAAUUAAAAGUAAAUAUAGAUAAAAAUUUGAUUUUGAGAAUUAAAAAGAACUACCGGUAAUUAGCCUUUCAGUUCUUACUUGAUUUACCUUCUUCUUUUAUUUAUACCUGCGCCAGAUAUAAAUUCCUAUAUAAAAUUGGACUGCUGAGUGUCUGAUAAGUAGAAAGCAGUAUCUUGAGAUUAUGAUUUUUUUGUAACUUGCAUUUCAAAAAAGCUCUUUUUUUUCUUUAUGAGGAAGCUCCUUCUUUAUAGAAAAUAGUGUUAAUUAUGUCAUUAUGUGAUUGCCUUUGGAUCCUUUAGAGACCCAAAGAAUUUUUUUUGAUAAUGCAAACACGUCAUCCAUAACAA